GCUGUAGCUUACCUAAUAUUGAGCUGCAGAUCUUGUCCAGCAAAGAAGAGACUGGUUUGUUCUUUGGAGAGAGAGACAGCAAAAAUGGCAGGGGAGUUCAAGCACCUUGUGCUUGUUAAGUUUAAGGAGGGUGUGAAUGUGGAGGAGAUCAUGAAAGGAAUGGAGAAGCUAGUUUCUGAGGUUGAUCUCGUCAAGUCCUUGGAAUGGGGUAAAGAUGUGGAAGGUGAAGAGAAGCUUAGGCAAGGCUUCACUCAUGCCUUUUUAAUGACAUUUGACAAGAAAGAAGACUAUGCUGCAUUUGCCGGCCAUCCGAACCAUCUUGAAUUCUCUGCUACAUUCUCUGUUGCUAUUGAGAAGAUUGUUUUGCUUGAUUUCCCAACUGUUCUUGUCAAGGCACCAAAAUGAUCUACAACAUUUUCCAACAACUAGAGCCUACUUUCCUUUUAAAAGAAAAUGAAAUAUUAAGAUGUACAAGUAUAUGUGUGAGCACAUGUAUUGUCUGCACGGAUGAUUAUCAUAUGUUUUGGAUUGUUAUUGAUGUCACCUUCAAUGGACUCUUUGUUGCUAGUUGUUAUCAAAUAUCAUCCAUAAUUUUAAGAUUAGCCUUAAUCAUGAUGGUCCCAUCACGAAAACUCUGUUUACCACAUGAUUGAACAAGGCUGAGAUAAUUUUCC